GCCUGUCUGGCCCAACUCUAUCGCCGCCCGUCCGCGUCGCCGUUGGAGGAGGAAGCGCCUGCGCCGGCACCCGCGCGGCGGCGGUUGGUAAGCCCCAGCCCCAGCCCCAGCUCCGGCCCCGGCCCCGGCCGCCGUCCUGUGCUUCUCCUCCGCCUCUCUAAUGGUGAUUCGGAGCUGCUCUUCUUUCCUCCGUGGACUGCUGAUUUCCAGAGCGGCGUGGAGGAGGCAGUACCCCCUCUUCUUGGCUCUCAGGCCUCCUGUGCCGCCGCCUUGCAUCCCGCCGCCGCCCACACGCUUCUUCUCCUCCUCACGGCGCUCCACCAAGAGAUCCGCCGCAAAGACGCCAAUGGACUCCGCUGCCGCAGGCGAGCCGUUCUACGUCGUCCGCAAGGGGGACGUCAUCGGCAUCUACAAGACCCUCAGCGAAUGCCAAGCUCAAGUCAGCAAUUCGGUUUGCGACCCUUCCGUCACUGUCUUCAAAGGCUACUCUCUGCGCAAAGACACCGAGGAAUAUCUCGCUGCGCGCGGGUUAAGGAACGCCCUCUACGCCAUUGACGCAGCAGAUGCACGAGAUGAAUUGUUCGACGAUCUAGUUCCCUGCCCUUUCAUGCAACCUGAUGCAGCUGCAUCCUCAACUUUGAAAAGGCCACACGAGAUUGAAACUGGACCAUCAAAGAAGCAUCCCAAAGUUGAUGAGCAGGAACCAUUACCUGAGAGUCAUCUCUCUUGUAUUCUUGAAUUUGAUGGUGCUUCUAAGGGAAAUCCUGGGAAAGCAGGUGCUGGAGCAAUAAUAAGGCGGUUAGAUGGUUCGGUGAUUGCUCAACUUCGUGAGGGUCUGGGUAUUGCAACCAACAACGCCGCUGAAUAUCGUGCGCUGAUCCUGGGGCUGAAAUAUGCGGCCAAAAAAGGAUUUAAGUAUAUUCGUGCUCAAGGAGAUUCUAAGCUUGUCUGUAACCAGGUCCAAGAUCUCUGGCGUGCUAGGAAUGAUAAUAUGGCUGGCUUGUGCAAGAAAGUUAAGGAGCUAAAGGGGACUUUUCAGUUAUUUCAAAUCAGGCAUGUUUUGAGGUCCCUCUCUCAAGAAAGGAGGAUUACAACUCAGCUGCCGAUGCUCAAGCUAACUUUGCAGUCGAACUUCCUGUCGGUGAAGUUCAAGAGCAGUCAAACUUUCCAUGCUAGCAGUUUUUUGUUGUGCUCCGAUCUGGUUUGUGAAUCCAUCACUUAGGUGCUGGGACUGAAGCUACGUCACGUUUGUUCAGUUCCCAUUGACAGUAAAGGAAGAGACAACACAGCAGCUGUAGUCGAAGUUGUAGUGAAUCUGAUAUAUCUGCGGGGUAUUAUUGAACCGGAUGAGUUGAGAUAUUGAGUACAUUUCUAAGAGAUUUAAUCAACUCAAAACUUUUGUGUAGUGCAUUGGCUGCAUUGUAAAGGACCAGUGCUUGCUGAUGUGCAAUGUUUGUAUUCGAAAUAUUAUUGCCGAACAAAUCUAGAUCAAUGCGAACGGCUUGAGAUUCUUGAUGCAACAAGUUA